UUGUGAAUGUCAUUUUGAUGCGAUUUUAGGAUUAAUUUUAACCACGCUAUUUAUAUUACUCGAGUAUUAUUAUCAUUUUAUCAACGUUAUAAAAAUAUACAACAUACAAGAUGCGAACCAAAAACCCUAUGGCUAAAAAGCCGCAACAGAUUUUAUUCUCGAAGAAUUGUUACGGGCCCAAGACUAAAGUCGAGAACUGGGAUUUUGCGAUACACGCGGAGAAAAAGGACAACUACGUGUAUCGGGACAACUUGAGCAACCACGUGAGCACUUACGUGCGAUGGGGCAACGAGGAUCAAGGCGUGAGGAUGACGGAGACGCGGCACAUGCUCGCACAAGUGUUCACCAAGACAGACCCAGUUUACUCGUUCAAGCCACUGGUUAACUUUACAUCCUACCCCUGCACAGAUACACCUGGGAGAAACAAAUUAAUGAAAAAUGCAGAUCUAGCACAGCUGCCAGCUGAUUUUGGAGUGAUGGAUUAUCUGUCAAACCAACAGGACGAUUACCGAAAUCCCUAUCCAUCUGUUGCUAAACCGUUAAUGAUGGAGACUCCCCAGUGGCUGCUGAACCGUGUGAUUCGUUCGGACUUGACGCACAACCACGGCACGGCCCCGCCCCGCGGCGACUACCAGUGCCUGGACACGCACACGCCCAUCGGACACAUCCGCCAAAUGAGGCUGUUCCGCUACCAAUCCUUCAACCCCGCCACAUGUCUUCAAGACUUUCCCACCUUUGAAAAAUCUUUAGACAACAAUGAAACGAAAAAUUAAAAAAUACAAACGAUUUAUUACACGACAUAAAAGCAAAAGUU